ACCGAUCCUCUUCAGCCGUGGUCACAUCAGCUCAGUUCAGGCUGAGCACGUAUACGGUGAGAGGAGACGCUCUCCUGUACCACAGCACCGCGUUGCUGGGAGCAGCUCAGCUGGCACCUGUUUACAAUCCAUUCGGCGGUAGCAAGGAUGACAAGCCGACGCCUGCUCAAGAGCAGAAAGCGAAGCCUGAAGCUCGCGAACUAAAGACAGGAGGGCCCAGUAAAUUCGUGACAAAAACGGUCUACGGGUUUCUGGACUUCACAACGACUGUUGGGUCUACUAUCAUGGUCUUCUCACCGAAAUCUGAGUCGAAAGGUGAAAAGGAAGUGAAGCCAUCGCCCAGUCGAUUCAUCGUCGAAGCAACUCCGACCCCUCAACAGCCGCGUGUGGUCGCAGCCGUCAAUCAGAAAACCGUCAUUGCGUCCCCAGUGAUACUCCAGUCAUCCAUGACAGAGAUCGCCAGUCCAUCUGUAGUGAAGUCGUCGCAGCCCACGAACGUGAUCACUGCAAUUCCUGAACCUGCCAAAAAGCCAGGCCCAAGACCAUUUAGGUUUGGUCAAAUCGGGGACGCUAAACGACGUGACCCUAAGCCACCUCGACGUCAUUCAAGUAAUGGCGACAGAAGGCGAUUAGAUUUUUCAGGCUUUAGAAAUACAAAUUCUGAAGGAGGAUCUACUAUUUCUCCUAUCACAGUUACUGGAACUAGAGUUCCGUUGCCCAGUGCGGCUCAGACUCUCCGCGUUACACCAUCUGAAGUUGUAGUUACAGCGAAACAAAACUUUGCAUCUUUGAGCAUCAUUGACCGAUUCACGAACGCCAUCGGUGGUAAGCCGACGAAGAAUAACGACAAUGAGGAUUCGCCUAGCCGGCAGCAGGAAUUUAAAAUCAAUCCGGAUCCUAUCAUCGGAGACAGCGGUUUGCCUCCCACUGGACUCGUAACUACACUUGGUGGUACUUUGAUCGCCGGAGGAUUGACAACAGUACACGAAACUUCAGUAAUUGGAACGUACAUCAAAGGCCAGUACGCUCAGGUGCUUCUCAGUACAUCCCGUAUCUUCCAGACAUCAACAUCAGCUGGUUUGUUUGAUGCUGGUGUCGAGACUGUAAAAUCUGUAAUAAAGGGUUCUGCAACUCAGUUCAUUAAUCCCGCCUCCAGCGUAGCACUGCCCUUAGAGGCGCUUUUUACGGCUUCAAGCGCUUCUCGGGAUGGGAGACUAGACGACCAACCUGUCUUCCUCAAGAGAAGAGGUCCGCCACGAACCGAAUCAAAGGAUGACCCGUACGUUGACGGGUUGAAUGAAGAUGAAGAUGACCUGCAGCGAUCUGGUACCGAUAACCGUCCUGUAUUUAAGCCAGUGGGUGCCUCGUUUAAAAGUAAUAUCAAUCGCCCUAAAGUUCAGGAAAAUGAUAGUCCAACAACAUUCCGUCCUCGGUUCACGCCAGCUUCAUCUUUUAGAUUUGGUGAUACUAAAACUGCCUCUCACCGAACUACUCCUCCGAGAGAUCGAAAUGGCAAGAGACCAUUCGAACGUCGUAGACCUAAUGGUGUUAAUCGCCCUAAAAUUAUAACUAAUCGCAGACCAGUAGAAGAACUAGUUGAAGAAGAGGCCACCCAAGUUGUGAACGAGCCACUCGUCCAGCCUACCCCUACACUUCCUCCUACUGAGAACGACGGUGAUGAAACGCUCAACGUACAAAAGAGUAAAGUUGGUGAUAAGUGGAUUGAAAUAGCCACCAUCAGAUCAAUGCAUACGUUCAAGGUGGGUGCUAAGAAGAAUACUCGCUUCGUGACCUUUACCAAAACAUACACCCACGAAGUUGAGCCUACAGCUUUCUAUCCCCGAACAUCCAAUGUCAGAAGGGAUGAUAUCAAUACAAAAUCUUACCUCGAAGAAAAUUUUCAGUCUUCCCCACUGUUCGAAAAUAUUCUUGCAUCAUCUAAAUCGUUCGCAACGCUACCUCCUGUCGAUAUCGGAGAGGGUAAUUUGAACGCAAUUCUCCAAACAGUUACAGAGUCAUUCAGUACAACCGAAACAGUUCUCAAGACAUCAGUGCUACCAGUACGAAAAGAACAUCUGACUAUGCAACACACCCUCACUCAGACAUAUUUCAUUACAAGGAUCGUUACGGCAAUCAAAACCAUUCCUCCAGUGGAGGCUUUUGAUUUCAUCCCUGAAAAUUCAUUGAAUGAAUUUAAUGACAAACUGCUAGCUGAGGGCACUGAAAAUGACGAAUCGCUUCUACCAGGAGAGUUAGAGUAUGAUGAGAACAGCGAAACUCGUAUCAAGCCUCCUUCCGGCUUCCGCCAAAAAGAUGCAUCUCUUGCUGAACUUGUCGGCGAUGAAGUCGAUACAGAUGCUUUAGAUGAGAAAUUGAACCCUCAAUUUUCUGCGGCACUCAAGGGUACUCCUCAACUGCAAUCUGGUCAGACUCUAGCACCAGAGUCAGUCACUAAAGCCACGCCUCAACUUUCUCCGGAGCAACUCCAGCAACUUGCCUACCUACAACUUAUGAACCCAUACGCCUUUGGAGGCUUUCCUGCUGCUCUACAGCCUCAGGUGUCUGUGACAUCGUCACCUGUGACUAUCACUACAGACGUAACUACGACUACAACAAGAGUACUGCGUGUCAUCUUCAAUGCUCGCCCAAUUUAUACGACUUUGACUAGUACCGAAGUGGUUCGAACGACGCUUACGACUUACGAAUCUACCACAGUGACCGCGACAGCACCUCCACUCUUCGGCGGGUUCCCUUUCCAAGGGAUGCCGUUUCCAGCAGGUUGAUUUCUCUCGUUGAUACUCAGCAGAUUCUCCUCACUCCUUAUUUUUAAGACACGUGAAAAGUGGCGUGAAUGUCAAAGUGAAGAUUUGAUUGAAAGCAACGUUUUUGAAUUUAAAAAAUUGAGCACAAUUGAGUAAUUUUUUUGAACGUUUUAUGUUUACACAUUUUCCCGGACCCGGAUUGAAGAAAAUCGUUGGUACCAGAAGUUUUCUGUUGUGCUUAUGCACAAUAAGUUUCAUCCCUCUGUACGAGAUUCCAAACCAAAAGAUAGAAACAACUUAUACUUUUUUAAAUUUAAUUUCUUAAAAAAGAAUAAAUUCUAAUGACCGACACGUUUAUUGACGUUUUUGCUCCAUUAUUAUAUUAUUAUAUAGCGUGACAAAAUACGAUUUUAUUGGCAAAUACAAGUGUCGUGUCUGAAAUUUUCCUAAGACUUCACUUUCUUCAUGUGAAAAAUUCGUUCACUAACUUUACUUAUAAACCAGUUUAUGUCAAAGCAAACAUGAGAAUGAGUGUAUUGCGAUGGAUGAGAUGCUCAGAUUAUCUUUAAUUUUAAGAGUAUGAUCAUGAUGCUAGAAAAUAAUUAAACGGCAAUUGUCCCAUCUAAAGUAUGAUAAAUUUUAUUGAGGCUGCAGGAAUUCAAACAAAUAGUUAAAGGUUUGCCGCUGAAUUUGCUUGAAAUGACCGCAACGAACUAAUAUGAUUUUCCACGAAGAAAAGUUAAACGGAAUAACAUUGUUUUGUUACGCCAACUUACGAACAUGAGUAACACCCCUGAUGUUAAACUAAAUUAUUUAUGAGAAUCCUGUAUGCAUAAUAUUUUUUUCAAAU